AUGUACGCCACCAAGAGGGCAGAUAGCACAGAUUAUCGCAAGUCUAGGAUCUUCCAGCACUCCCCCAUCGAUGAAGAAGAUGAAUCUGUCGAAAGAGUGCAUUCCCUCCACGACUUAGGCGAAGACGACAGAGGCCUCUCAAAGGUACAAUCGGACAGGGAGGAAUCUGAUCUUGAGGGCUGGCCGGAAGACUUCGCUGAGGAAGACUUCGCGAACGGUCACAAGAAGAAAGAGGGCACUUAUCGUGAGGGUAACCAGAUCGUCGAUGGUAACGCUAAGUAUUUGGAAGGAGACUUCGACAUGAUUAGUCCUAGCGAGCUUGAUAUCGCCGAGCUGAAUGAGAAGGAUCCUAUGCAGUCCAGACAGAAGGAACGGGUCAUGGUUCCGCGGCCUGAAAACCUGAGGCAUGAGCUGACUGGGUCAACGCAUAUCUCACAGGCUGAUUCAAAGAAGCGGUAG